AUGAGAAAUUGCAAAAUGAUAGAGAAUGAAGAAUAGCUCUAAUGCAUAAAUAAUUAGCAUAUUCAUAGGUCAGCUAUUAUUAUCUUGCUUGAUAAAGAUCUUGAAGCAAAAGAAAGAUUAGCGUGUCAUUAAUGUUUAAUAACUCAUCUAGGAAAUUUCAAUGGAAUUUCAAUCAAUUAGGGAUUAAGUAAAAUACAAUAAUUAAAGGAAGAAAUUUUUGAUGAAAUUGAAAUCCAUUUUUCAAAAACUUAUAAUUGUCUAAAGACUUUUAAAGAAUAAAUUUUAUAAAUCAAGCAAGAGUUUUUAUAAACAUUAAAUUAAGUAAUCGAACCGCUUGAAUAAUGGAUGAAACAGUUAGUAGAAUUAAAAGAAGGCUAUUCAUCAUAUAGUUUAUAUACUGAAAUUGAAAAUCUUACUAAACCCACUAAUUUGUUAAUAGAAUUUGAAAAACAAUAGUUUCAAGAUAGAAUACAAAAAAUGAAUACCUAAUAUUUGACUAAGACUACUUAAUAUAUAAAAGUAUUAGACAAUUUCAUUACAGACUAGCAAUUACUUCUCAAAUUGAAUUAGUUAUAAGAGUCAACCUUGAAUUAAGAAAAAAUACUUAGCAUAGAGAGUGUUAACGCUGAAUAAUAAAUCAAAGAAUCAAGUCAAGUAAUUAGUUAAAGUUAUAAAUAAGAAAGAAUUUAACAUAGAUUAAUUCAAGAAGUUUAUUAAGAACAAGAGUGUUAUGCAUUAGAUUUUAAUAAAGAUAAUACCCUUGUAGCUGCAUCAUGUAAAGAAAAUAUUAAAAUUUGGAAAUUUAUAGAAGGACAGUUGAUUGAUUAAAAUAUAUUGCUGACUGGCCAUGAAAGCGAUGUUUUCUGUAUAGUAUUCAGUAAAAAGAUUAAUUGGAUUGUAUCUGGGGACAGUACUAAUCAAAUUAGAAGUUGGAUUGAAUGUAAAGAUAUUCAAGGAAAAACUUAUUGGGAAAGCUCUUUAUCACUUGAGAUGCAUACAUCUGAGAUUUUAUGUCUGCAUUUAAAUAACAGUGAGGAUGAAUUAAUAUCUGCAAGUGGAGACAGUACUAUAAAGGUAUGGGGAGUGAACUGCAACUUAAAUAAAAUUGAAUACUAAUAUUCCCUUGAGAAACACACAAAUUAUGUUGAUAAAAUAAACUUAAAUUCAAAAGAAACCUAAAUGGUGUCUUGUGGAUGGGAUUAAUAAAUUAUUGUAUGGGAAAAGGAUGAUAGUAAAACAUGGUAAUUUAAAUAUAUUGUUGAAUAAUCGAUUGAAGACAUUGGAUUCAGAAUAGGAUUUUUAUAAGAUGACACAGUUGUUUGGUGUUCGCUUAGCGAACCCUUUUUAUACGUUUUCAAAUUGUAAAAUGGCAUAUUUUAAGAAAGGUCAGAUUUAUUAGUUAAACUUGGAGAUAUUAAAACUGAAAAUAAUUAUAACGACUUUAAUCUUUUUUAAUUAAAAUAUUUACAAUAACAAAAAGUGUUAAUUCUUAAGUAUAACCGAUAUGUAUAUUUUAUGAGAGAGAGUUUAGAUUCCACAUUUAUUUUCCCUUGUGAUCCUAUUGAUUGUUCCUCAAUUGAAUGCUAUGGUAAUAUAACAGAUAAUGGAAGGCAUUUAAUAGUCUGGAAUGAAAACUCAAAGUAAUUAUAAAGUUUUGAAAUUGAAUAUCAAUGAUUAAAAUAAUUUUACAUUAACUGAAC